GAAGUCGGCGGCAGAAGGAGCGGCGGACACCGGCACCAUGCGUGAGAUCGUGCACAUCCAGGCCGGGCAGUGCGGCAACCAGAUCGGCGCCAAGUUCUGGGAGGUGAUCAGUGAUGAGCAUGGCAUCGACCCCACCGGCAGCUACCAUGGGGACAGCGACCUGCAGCUGGAGAGGAUCAACGUCUACUACAAUGAAGCCACCGCUCUGGUUCCUCCCUCAGGUAACAAGUAUGUCCCCCGUGCCAUCCUGGUGGACUUGGAGCCUGGCACAAUGGACUCUGUGCGCUCUGGCCCCUUUGGACAGAUCUUCCGUCCUGACAACUUUGUCUUUGGUCAGAGUGGGGCUGGCAACAACUGGGCCAAGGGGCACUACACAGAAGGUGCCGAGCUGGUGGACUCUGUCCUGGAUGUGGUGAGGAAGGAGUCGGAGAGCUGUGACUGCCUCCAGGGCUUCCAGUUGACCCACUCGCUGGGUGGCGGCACAGGCUCUGGGAUGGGCACCCUCCUGAUCAGCAAGAUUCGGGAGGAGUACCCCGACCGCAUCAUGAACACCUUCAGCGUCAUGCCCUCCCCCAAGGUGUCGGACACAGUGGUGGAGCCCUACAACGCCACCCUCUCCGUGCACCAGCUGGUGGAGAACACGGAUGAGACCUACUGCAUCGACAACGAGGCCCUGUAUGACAUUUGCUUCCGCACCCUGAAGCUGACCACUCCCACCUACGGGGACCUCAACCACCUGGUGUCAGCCACCAUGAGUGGCGUGACCACCUGCCUCCGCUUCCCCGGCCAGCUGAACGCUGACCUGCGCAAGCUGGCGGUCAACAUGGUGCCUUUCCCACGGCUGCACUUCUUCAUGCCGGGCUUUGCCCCGCUGACCAGCCGUGGCAGCCAGCAGUACCGCGCCCUGACGGUGCCCGAGCUGACACAGCAGAUGUUCGACUCCAAGAACAUGAUGGCCGCCUGCGACCCCCGCCACGGUCGCUACCUGACGGUGGCUGCCAUCUUCCGGGGCCGCAUGUCCAUGAAGGAGGUGGACGAGCAGAUGCUCAACGUGCAGAACAAGAACAGCAGCUACUUCGUGGAGUGGAUCCCCAACAACGUCAAGACGGCAGUCUGUGACAUCCCACCACGUGGCCUCAAGAUGUCCGCCACCUUCAUUGGCAACAGCACAGCCAUCCAGGAGCUCUUCAAGAGGAUCUCGGAGCAGUUCACUGCCAUGUUCCGGCGCAAGGCUUUCUUGCACUGGUACACGGGUGAGGGCAUGGAUGAAAUGGAGUUCACAGAGGCCGAGAGCAACAUGAACGACCUGGUCUCUGAAUACCAGCAAUACCAGGAUGCCACUGCUGAUGAGCAGGGCGAGUUUGAAGAGGAAGGAGAGGAGGAUGAGGCAUAAAGUUGGAAUGGGUAGGAGUUAAGUAUAGUCUGAGCAGGCAGGUGUUUGUUGGGAGGAGGAAUCUGUGCAGUUGUGCUGAAGCAUGCAUUUUUUUAAUUUGGUGCUCUCCACUGUUGCUUCUGUCAGCAGUUUUGUAUCCUUGACUGUCCAAUGUAACAGUAGUUGCAAAAAUACUUCAGAGUCUUCUGUUGAAAUGGUUAACUUCUCAAACAUAAAGGCUUUUUGUG